AUGCAAGUAAGAAAUUUAUAAUAAGCACGAUAAGCAUAUGAAAAAAAAGACUUAGAUUUUUCUAAAAAUGCUCAUUCUAAGCAAUCUAUAAUUCCAUAAGAAGACCAUAAUGAGUCUGGAAUAUUUAUAAAAAGUGCAGUCUAUGGAGGUUUAGACGGGAUGAUAACAACAUAUUCAGUUGUUAUGGGAGUAGCAGGUGCAAAUUUAUAAUCUGGAGUAAUUUUAGCUCUUGGAAUAGCAAAUUUAAUUGGAGAUGGUUUAAGUAUGGCUUUAGGAGACUAUUUAUCAUCAAAAAGUGAAUGUGAUUUUUAUAAAAAAGAACGUAUGAGGGAAGAGUGGGAAGUAGAUAAUAACCCAGAAGGCGAAAAGGAAGAAAUGAUUGAAGUUUAUUAAAAAAAAGGAAUAACUUAUGCCGACUCAAAGGCACUUGUAGAUAUUCUUUCUAAAUAUAAAAAAGUAUGGAUUGAUACAAUGAUGGUAGAUGAACUAGGAAUUCUACCUAAUGAUGAAAAUCCUAUCUAUAAUGCAAUUGUUACAUUUGUUUCUUUUGUUAUUUUCGGUUCUGUUCCUUUAUUACCUUUUAUUUUUGGAUUUGCUUUUGAAAUUUAAGGUUGGGCAUUUUUGAUAUCUACUAUUCUUACUUCUAAUUUUUUGUGUAUACUUGGAAUAGUUAAAUCUAUGUUUACCUAUUAAUCUUGGUUUAAAAGUGGAUUAGAAACAUUAUUUGUUGGAAUUACAGCUGCCUCUGCUUCUUAUUUUAUUGGGUCAGCUUUUGAAACUAAAUGAU